AAAUGACCAAUGACACUAAUGACAGAUGUAAGAAAACAAAAUAUUGAAUUUGAAGAAGUCUAAAAUCUAAAAUAGAAACGGAAAUUUAGUCCUCAUUCAUCGUAAAAUAUAUAAAGUGAAAAUUAUAAAAUAAAAUGUCAGCCUUUCCAGGCAGUAUAGCUUUCGAUGAAUAUGGUAGACCUUUUAUCAUACUUCGAGAUCAAGAUCAACAAAGACGAUUAACCGGAAUUGAUGCCUUAAAGUCUCAUAUUCUGGCUGCCAGGCAAAUUGCAAACACAAUUAGGACUUCUUUGGGCCCUAAAGGUCUAGAUAAAAUGAUGAUUUCGCCUGAUGGUGAUGUCACUGUUACAAAUGACGGGGCAACCAUUUUAAAACUGAUGGAUGUUGAGCACGAGGUUGGGAAAUUGUUGGUUGAAUUAUCUCAAUCUCAAGACGAUGAAAUUGGUGAUGGAACAACUGGCGUUGUUGUUCUUGCUGGGGCAUUGUUAGAGCAGGCUGCUACUUUAUUGGAUCGUGGCAUUCACCCCAUUAGAAUAGCUGAUGGGUUUGAGAUGGCAUGCCAAACUGCUGUUUCUCAUUUAGAGAAAAUUGCAGAGUUGUUCCCUGUUUCAGACAAAAACCCAGAACCUUUGAUUAAAGUUGCAAUGACUACUUUGGGUUCAAAAAUAAUCAACAAGUGUCACAGGCAAAUGGCUGAGAUUGCAGUCAAUGCAGUAUUAGCUGUAGCCGAUUUAGAACAAAAAGAUGUUAAUUUUGAAUUAAUUAAAGUGGAAGGAAAGGUGGGUGGUAAACUUGAAGAUACAGUAUUAGUUAAAGGUGUUGUGAUUGAUAAAACCAUGUCACAUCCUCAAAUGCCUAAAGAACUUAAGAAUGUGAAAUUGGCAAUUCUCACAUGCCCAUUUGAACCACCAAAACCAAAAACAAAACAUAAGUUGGAUGUUACUGAUGUUGCUGGAUAUAAAGAGCUCAGACAGUAUGAACAAGAUAAAUUUAAGGAAAUUGUUGGCCUUGUGAAAAAGGCCGGAGCUACCUUAGCUAUAUGUCAGUGGGGAUUUGAUGAUGAAGCUAAUCAUCUUUUGCUACAGCAACAGCUUCCUGCUGUGCGUUGGGUUGGAGGUCCAGAAAUUGAAUUAAUAGCAAUUGCUACUGGUGGACGCAUCGUGCCCAGGUUUGAAGAACUCAGCCCUGAAAAGUUAGGAUCUGCUGGUUUAGUUCGUGAAAUAUCAUUUGGAACCACUAGUGACAAAAUGCUUAUAAUAGAAGAAUGUUCUAAUUCAAGAGCGGUCACUAUUUUAGUUAGGGGAGGAAAUAAAAUGUUAGUUGAAGAAGCUAAAAGAAGUUUACAUGAUGCAUUGUGUGUAGUCCGAAGCUUAGUACAGGAACCUAGAGUUGUUUAUGGUGGUGGAGCAGCUGAAAUUGCCUGUAGUUUAGCUGUAGCAGCUCAAGCUGAUCAGCUAGCCUCACUGGAGCAAUAUGCUUAUAGAGCAUUUGCUGAGGCUUUGGAAGCAAUUCCAUUGGCUUUAGCAGAAAAUAGUGGGCUCUCGGCAAUUCAUGCACUUGGAGAAGUAAAGGCUAAACAAGCCUCCUCUGGAGACCCAGCUCUUGGGAUCGAUUGUAUGUUCACCGGUAAUCUUAAUAUGCGGGAACAACAUGUUAUUGAAUCUCUCAGAUCAAAGAGGCAACAGUUAUUACUUGCCACUCAGCUUGUCAAGAUGAUUUUGAAGAUUGAUGAUGUCCGUUCACCUGGCAAUCGUGAAGAAUAAAAUUGGCCUUUUUAACAUGAUUUAGUUUGUCUCACAUUAUUUUGAAACUAUAUAUACAUAUUAAAUAUUUAUAUCAGUAUAUUAGAACUACAUUACAUAUUUAUCCCUAUGUAGUAUAUUAUAUGUAAAGUAUAAAUAUUUGUGUUAUCAGUUAAAAGUGCAUUUCUAAUCAUAUAUUUCAUACAACUUACAAUAUUUAGUAUUUAUAACACACGGCAAAAAUUAGUACUUUAUUAAUAAUAAGUUAAUAAAUAAAUGCUUUUCAAAUUUUAA